CGAAUAGGUUUGUUGCAUUGAGCCGAGAGAGCUAAACAAAAUUAAGGAAACACCCCCACCCGGAAGUUGUGAGGUUUUCGGUCCGCUGAUUAGCUCCACCCGAACCGUCUGCAAGUGUCAGAGAAGAGCUCGUGUCCCAGGUAAGCGAGCUAGGAGCCGGAGCGAAGCGGGAACGUCACGAAUCGUAUUUCGGCUACUGGAGCGGAGCGGAACGGACCGGCUGUUGGCACGCGCGGGUGUAGACGGAAGCAGUUUAACCGAAACACCCAAACCAUCCCGACGGUGUGCGUUGAUUUAUUGUGUUGGUUAGAGACGUGCAGAGAAGACAGCUUCGAGUUUGCACUUGAGAUUUAAAAAGCACCUUUUCCAAAGGUGCCAUGAGCAGUGAGCUGAACAUGCCUAUGGGAUCCCCCGCCCUGGGGGUCUCAGAGCGGGCUCCGGACAGCGAGCGGAUGGACUACAGGGACUGGGUGAGACGCAGUUAUCUGGAGCUGGUCAGCUCCAACCACCACUCGGCACAGGCCCUGUCCUGGAGGAAACUGUACCUGAGUCGGGCCAAGCUGAAGGCCUCCAGCAGGACCUCUGCACUGCUGUCUGGCUUUGCCAUGGUGGCCAUGGUGGAGGUGCAGCUGGAGGCUCAUUACAGCUACCCCCGAGUGCUCCUCAUCGCCUUCAGCGUGUGCACCACCGUGCUGGUGGCGGUCCACCUCUUCGCUCUGCUGAUCAGCACCUGCAUCCUGCCCAACGUGGAAGCCGUCAGCAACAUCCACAACCUGAACUCUGUCAGCGAGUCGCCACACGAGCGCAUGCACCACUACAUUGAGCUGGCAUGGGGCUUUUCCACAGCCCUGGGCAUCCUGCUGUUUUUAGCAGAGGUGGUGCUCCUCUGCUGGGUCAAGUUCCUUCCUGUAGAUGCCGGGAAGCCCAAUCCCUGCUGCACCACCACAGCCAGCCCUGCGGUCACGUCCACCACCCCGUCGCCCUCCAACAGCGGCUGGCAGGCUGCGCUGGCCUCAACCAUCAUCAUGGUCCCGGUAGGAGUGAUCUUCGUGGUCUUUACCAUUCACUUCUACCGCUCCCUGGUGCGCCACAAGACGGAGCGCCACCACCAGGAGAUCGAGGAACUGCACAAGAUUAAGGUGCAGCUGGACGGCCACGAGAGGGGGCUCCAGAACGUGUGACGGCAGCUUCAUCUGUGUCUGUCUGCCAUGUGCUCUGCUUGUUGUCAAAGCCGGAACUCCGGAGCAGUGAGCUUUCCAGCCACUUUUUCACUUUCAGGAUGCUGUUUACAGAAAAAGGGCUUUUAAUGUUCAGAGUGGUUUUUCUGCCAUGUGUUUGACCUUUACCCUCGAACUGGAGGUAAUUCUUUCCAUUUGGGAUCUUACAAUCCCUUUGAUUCUCUUCUAAGUCCUUGUUUCUUCUUUGAGCACCAUUGCUUCUCACCUUGAGAAAAGGCUACUUGGAGCUAAUUAAUGCCAAAUGUGUCUUCUUUCUGAGCUUAGCCCAUCAGGCGUGAACUGUGUGUGUUCGAGCCGUCAGUCGUGUGACCCGUCAGCUUUUACCCUUACAGCUGAAAAUCAUAUGAUAUUGAUAAGUUUAUUAGCUCUGAAUCAGGAUCGGCAGUAUCUGGAGGCAGUUGCUGGCAUUUCCACUGGAAGCUGCCGACACUUGGACUCUAUUACAGAUGUAAAACUAAAUUCAGAGUAGAUGAAACUCUGCCGAAGUCCCAAACUCCAUGUUUCAUCUCAACCAGCUGCACGGUAAAGUUUUAACUGAGAGUUGAGCCGUGUUGUCUCGUGCCAUGUUGGGGUUGUUCGCCACCAUUUCUGUCAAGUGUGGGUAAAUAUUUUCUUCCUUUCUGUUACAAGGACCACGAAGCCUGUUUAAAAAUAAGGAUGCUGCUUAAAGCUCGUAUAUGAAUGUGUUCCUGCCUUAAAUAAAUAUAUUAUUCAUAUAAAUAAAGCCUUUUAUGAGCAGCUGAAGGUCAUAGGGCCAGUUCCUGUGCUGGGAUGGGGAGGUGUGUGUGAUGGAGGGCUGCUGGCAUGAAAUGAGAUCAGCAGCAUGGCUCUGGACCUCCGGUCCAGGAACUAUUUAUUAGAGACAUUUUUAAAGCAGAAUAUGUUGGCUCUUUUAUAAAAAUGGCUACUACAUUCCAAAUAUGAUGGCUGACCAAAGUGUUGCUCAGUUCUCGUCUCUUUUUACUCAGAAGAGACCGAAGUGCACUUGGAGCUUAUUUGUACAGCAACUGAAUUCUCUUGAUAUUAAAUUGCUUUGUUUUGUUUUUUGGGGGGAUUUAUGCUGAACACUGAUGAGGUUGUGAAAACCUGUUCAUGUACAUCCUGCUACAGACAUCUUAAAAAUAAAAAAUAUAUA